AUGCCUUCCCGAGCUUCAUCUGAAAAUACUCUCCACCGCAAGGCUGCCUCUGGGCAGAAUCCACGACCCCAGACCCCAGAAAACUCUCGUCCAACGUUAGCUGAGUUGCAGACAACGCCACUCGAUCCCAAGAUCUCUACACGCCGGUCUCUUUCUGCUGAGCCUUCCAAAGGUGCAGGUCUUGAUCCGCAUCGCAUUGAACUGGGUGACGAAAUGGCCGAAUACUGGGCGAAGAUGGCGGUCAAAACAUUUCUUGACGAACAUGUCCCCGGUGGUGACCCUGAUGAGCAAACCAAAAGUAUGUUCCAUAAAUUCGACGGCGAAAUGCUCGACAAACUAGAAUUUGUUAUGGCUUCGGAACUGAUCAAGGGCGUUCAAUCUGUAUUCCAGUGCAACGCUGACAACACUCUUGUCGCGAAAGAUACUGCAGACUGGCCUGACAACACAGAUGCCAUCGACCGGGCGGUAAGCGCGACGAUGAGACCCGACGUCUGUAUUUACAGCACUGAUGACGACCAUGCCGCGCCAUACACUCUCACUGCUCAAGAGCUUGCGGGGCGCAAGUACUCGGAAGAGCGCAAGCAGAAAUUGGCUCGAACUCGCUGGGGGUCAAUGGUCGUUCCUAUUGAGCUCAAGUCAGACAUUUCCAGGGCACCGUUUCAUUUUGGGAACAGCCGCACGGAGGAGACGGAGAAGAAGAUAAAGGCACGAGGGCAGAUCGCCGACUAUGCUACGAGGAUCAUGCAACGCCAGCACCGGCUGUUCUUAUUCAUGAUUGUCAUCUGCAAGCGUGAGGCGCGGUUCCUGCGUUGGGAUCGAUCU